UUUAUAUAUGAUCCAAUAUGUUAUAAAAAUAUUGGAAUUUUGAAAAAUUUUAUUUUGAAAAAAUUUUCAAAUUGCUCAAUGUACUCAACCGUAAUUAAUUAAUGUUCUGGUAAAGGUUCUGGUAGUAUCCUGGUAAUGGUAAUUAAUUAAAUUUCUUGGUUAUAUUCGUUUUAUGAUGAGUAACGAAACAUUUUAUGAACGAAACCCCGCAAAUUGAUGAUUAUUUUCCAUAGAAAAAUGAGCUAAAAAAUUACGUAAGAAAAAAUAACGAUUAAAAUGUUUAUAUUUGUACUACCCUGAGUAAGUAAAAUGGGACGAGCAGUUAUUCAAAUUUUACAAUUUAGACAUAAUGUAAAUGUUAUAUUUAAAUUAAAUUAUUCAUUAAAAACAAGUCAUAUAGUAUUACAAGAAGGACCAGUUACUGUACUUAAGAAGAAAAUAAGUGAUAAGCAAUUACAACUAGACCAUGUUCAGUUAAAAAUUGCUGAAAAGUUGCAACGAGUUUAUGAAGACAUUCAGCAUUAUCGACCUUAUCAAGCAGGUUUUUUAAGUAGAUUUAUUUCUAGUAACAAGAAAGAUAUUCCUAAGGGCCUUUAUAUUUAUGGAGCAGUUGGUGGAGGUAAAACUAUGCUUAUGGAUUUAUUUUUUAAGUGCUGUGAUAUUGAAGAAAAACAGCGUGUUCAUUUUAAUGAAUUCAUGAUAGACGUACAUAAAAAAAUGCACAAUUUAAAGCAGGAGGUGGUUCAAGAUUUUUCUGAUAGGAAAGCUAAGCCAUUUGACCCUAUUCCACCAAUAGCAGAUUCCAUCAUAAAACAGUCAUGGCUUAUAUGCUUUGAUGAAUUUCAAGUCACAGAUAUCGCAGAUGCAAUGAUUUUGAAAAGGUUAUUUACAGAGCUUUUCAAUCGUGGCAUUGUUAUGGUUGCAACUAGUAACAGACCGCCAGAAGAUUUGUAUAAGAAUGGUUUACAAAGAUCAAACUUCUUGCCUUUCAUAGAUAUUUUAAAAAAUCAUUGUGAAAUAGGAAAUCUAGACUCAGGUAUAGAUUAUCGACAAAGAAUAUCUGGAGGAAAAACAAACUAUUUUGUCAAAUCAGAGUACAAAUUAGACCCUAUAGAACCUAUUUUAAAAUUUCUAUGUUCCAAAGAAAAUGAUAUAAUUAGAAGUAAAACAUUUACAAUUCUAGGACGUAAUAUUACGUUCAGAAAAGUAUGUGGAGGAAUCCUAGAAAGCUCAUUUGAGGAAUUGUGUGAACGACCUUUAGGUGCUAAUGAUUAUCUUCAUUUAACUCAAUUUUUUCACACAAUUAUAGUGAGAGAUGUUCCACAGAUUGAUGUGAUCAAAAUGAAAUCAGCAGCAAGAAGAUUCAUUAUUCUUAUUGAUGCUCUUUAUGACCAAAAGACUAAAGUAAUUAUUUCAUCAGAUGUGCCUCUUAAAGAACUUUUUUGUGUUGUUAAACAAUCUUUUGAGGGAAUCAGCGAUGAACAUAGGAUGUUAAUGGAUGAUUUAAAAAUUGGAGAAUCUGAUUUAACUGCCAAUAUAUUCACUGGGGAGGAAGAAAUUUUUGCAUUUGAUAGAACAAUGUCUAGAUUAGCUGAAAUGAAAAGUGAGGAUUACUGGGGCCCUAAAGGAAAAAAGUCGUCAACAGAGGUUGUCUAGUAUAUUUUAUUUUAUUUACAAUUAUAUUGAAUGAAACUAGUUACCUAUUUUAUUGUAAAAUUUAAACUGUUUUAUCAAGACAGUAUUUAUUUGUAUAUUGUUUGUUUUAUUUAUAUUAAUUGUUGACGUGAAUGGCUCUUAUUUAUUGUACUUAAUUUAUUUUAAUAAAUUAUUAAAUUUAGAUGUU